AUGCCGUGGCUCAGGGGGGGUCGUGCCUCAGAUGAACCAGGUGCCCAAAGGGAUGAUGAGGAGGGAGCGGAGGUAGAAGCGGCAGUGGUGCGAGAGGAGGAAGAAGGUGAAGAGUCCCGAGCCACCAGCAGUCAGGGCGGCCGCAAGCGAAAGGCCUGCUCUGGAGGGCCGCUGGCAGAAACUCCUCGCCGGAAGCGUGCCAAGGACAAGUCCGGAUCCAUUUACGAGGCGCUCUUCCUGAGGGGUGAGAACAGUGAUGUACAGAUUCGUGCAUUGGGGGAGGAGUGGAGCUUACACAGGGUCUACCUGCGCCAGUCAGGGUACUUUGCUAGCAUGUUCAGUGGUGCCUGGCGGGAGACAAACAUGAAUACCAUAGAGAUACAGAUACCUGACGAGAACAUUGACCGUGAAUCCUUGCAUGAGGUUUUGGGCUCCUUGUACCGGGAUGCCAUGAUCAUCCCUGCCUGCCGCGUCAUUGCCAUCCUGGCCACGGCCAGCAUGUUGCAGUUGGAUGAGCUAAUUCAGCAGUGCGGGGAGGUCAUGAAGGAGAUGGUAAGCGCCCAGACAGUGUGCAGCUACUAUUACUCUGCUGAGAACUAUGGCCUACAGGACAUCAGGACCAUUUGCCGUCAGUGGCUGUUGGAUAACCUGAUGACCCAGCAUAGUGAGGAACUGUUGCUAGAGAUCAGUCUGGAUCUCAUGAAAGAGCUCAUUGCCUCUUCAGAGCUCAUGGUGAUGGAGGUGGAGAUGGAUGUAUACACGACACUUAAAAAGUGGAUGUUCCUACAGCUGCAACCCGCAUGGACAGGUCCCCAAAGAUCGCUACUGCAUUGCGCGGACUUGUGGUUUGCCAAGUACAGGAGGGAGUGCGAGGGUACCCCGUUUCUGGAGACGGAGCAAGGCAGAGCCUUUGUGCCAGUGUUCCAGCAGCUGCGGCUGGCCCACAUAAUCUGUGACCUGCCUUCUGCACGUAUUAUUGACCAGGAUGCGCUGAUCCCUGCCACAUGGUUGAUGCCAGUGUACAAAGAGCAGUGGCUAGCACUCCUCCGGGCUGAGCAGACUAGGGAACUCGGACCCGUGAAUGUCUAUGCAUCUGACAUCCAGGGGAACAGCAUGCGGUGUGGAGGCCAGCUGCGCAGAGAUGAGCAAUGCAGCUGGAGAUGGGCUGGCUUCAACUUUGGCUGGGACCUGGUGGUGUGCUACUCCAACCGGCGCAUUAUAUUCCGUCGCAGUGCAUUGAACAAGUCCUGUGGCCUUGGGGUCAGCUUACUCUGGCAGAGAAAAGUUGCAUUUCGCCUGCGCCUGGUCUCCUUGGACAAGGCUGGAAGAGCCAUUUUCAGGAAGGACACAGAAUAUAAAAUGCUUUCACUGAGAAAAGAUCAAGAACUAGAGGUAGUGAACCUAGAAAACCAAGACAUGGUAUUCCCCAUAUAUGUGGCAUGCAACUUCCUGUACCUCCCAGGAGACAGUGGCACUUCGCAGAGUGAAGACCCAUGCAAAAGACCAGAGAACUGA